AUCUUGAUGAACAACAACUUGGAAAUUUUGAGGAAAAAUAUUGUUUUUUUGAUAAAGAAAAUCAAUCAAAUAAGGCAACUGUCAUUAAGGAUGUGGAUAAUGUUUUCAAUGAAAAACUCAAUCAGUCACAAAACAAAUCAAAAAAACCUGUUAGCCAAGCACUAUCAUCAUCAACUACUGCUACCUUUGUUGCUGCUUCAACUAUUGCUAAUACUGGUAGGAAAAAAAUCAACAUUGCACAAGAAAUUUUCUUAGAGUUAAGAAGUUGGCAGAUAUACCCACUCAUUAAGCCUUUUAUUAAGCUUUCAAUGUUAGAUGCUGAUGGGCUAUACGAUGAAAUAGCUGGUGGUAUCAAUAAUAUAACAGCAAGUCUCCCUGAUGAUGUUAAGCAAUAUCUUGAGGAAUUACUUGCAGGUGAUAUUGUAAAUGCAUUGAGAAAGUUGGAUCAACCGCUUGCUGAUAAUCCAAGUCCACUAUUAUUAUGGACUAGAGAAAUUUCUCGUCAUUUCAUUCUUUAUUACCAUUAUGGUGGUUUGCAAGUUGAUUGUAAUGAAAAAACAUGGUCUGCUCAAACUAUCUACCAACUACUAGACUUAUUUUCGGUUUUUUUUAGCAAAAUUGUAUCAGGAAAAGAAUUUGGUGAAAUUGAUAAUGAGGCACAUAAUGAUAGAGCAUAUAAUAUCAAUUAUGAUCAAAAACCAUCCAAUAGUGGAUGUGUCCCUAAGAAUGAUGCAGUUGUAUAUCAAGACAAGUCGGCAACUAUUUUAUACGAACAAUCUUAUAACUUAAAAGAAUACACUCUGUCACAUUAUUUAGGAGACUUUUCUAAGCUUGCACAUAAUAGUGUCGAUGAUUUAAAUUACCACUUUACACAAUAUGGUAAUUGCACUACUACCACUGCAAAAACUUUUAAAUCCAUGAGUAUUCACGGAUAUAAAUAUAAUGUUUCGGUAUAUGUUACAGAUAUUAUUUGUAUUGAAACAUAUAGAAUAUAUGAAGUAUUAAGUUUUAGGAUACCAAUAUCUUAUUCUGAAAGAUGGAAUUUAUUUCAUAUUGCAAAAUUUGGUGCUCUUUUAGAGAAACUACUCACGGAUCGGCAAGAUGUAAAGGGGAAAAUGUCAAAAGAAAAUUUUUUAAAUGAUAAUAAUACCCAUUGUGUGGACAGGUGGAUAAAGAUACCAGACAACACCCUCAAAACACAAAAGAAAAAACAAAAUUUGUGA